GAUAAAAAUGGAUUUAUGGUCCCUCGUCAAGCAUUCUUUCUCCAGCAAUCUGGAUAAAACAUGGAUCCGGUUUAGUGAGAAAAAAUCGAAAAUUCACCAAAUUUUAACUUUUGGCCAGGUUUUGGAAAUAUCUGAUGAAAUAGUGAAGUCCCUGGAAGGGUUGGAUAGAAUAGGAGUUCUAGGAUUUAUGUUUAACGAGGAUACGUCUGAGGUUCUUGGAUACUUCCCUUCUCUCAUUGCUGCCAUCAGGUUGGGUGUACCAUUCUACAGUAUCCGGGAUGGAGAAAGGUACCGGGAGGAACUGGAGAAGAUCAGAUGCCGGGUUGUAUUAUCAGGACGGGAACUAGCUACGGAGAGUCAGCUAAUAAGAUCUGAUGUUUGGGUAUUCCUAACUCAGUUGAAUGAUAUUGAAGACAGAACGGAUACUGGUGAUGUAGCUUAUAUCAUCCAGACCUCAGGCACUACUGGAGAACCGAAACCUAUCCUUGUAACAAACUCGUCUAUCCUUCCUAACAUUCAAGACUUCAACGCCGCAUUUCAGCUCAAAAAAACCGAUGUUGUGUUUCUCUCAUCUCCGCUCACGUUUGAUCCGAGUAUCAUUGAUAUAUUUCUCAGUCUGGUUUCCGGAGCUCAGCUCCUGGUUGUUACAACCACUGAGAAGAUCAAACAAGACCUGUACUCAACCCUCCUUAUUGAGAAUAGAGUUAGUGUGAUCCAGUGCACACCUAGCUUACUACAAAACAUAUGUAGACCUCAAACAUCUCUUAUCAAUACUAACAGUUCCCCUUCUAUGAUCGUGAAACCGACCGUGGAAAAAACUUCUCUAAGGAUCCUAGCUGUUGGCGGAGAAAAAUGUUCCUCCCAGGUUCGAGAAAUCCUCCAAAGAUUGUGUUUGGAAGGAACAGCUGUUUAUCAGCUGUACGGACUUACUGAGAUGUCGGUGUGGCAGAGCAUGGUUAAACUUGAACCCAAGGAAAUUGAGACAAUGCCUGUUUAUAUUAAGGAUAGAAAUCUUAUCACACAAACUGAGAUACAAUGUGAAGAGAAUGCAAUAAUUAUUUAUAGCAAAACAAGGAUUUGUCGAUACAAAGAUGGAAUUUCUUUAAGUUAUAUAGAAACCGGCGAUAUGGGUGAAUGGCGUGGAGACGAACUGAUCUGGGUCGGACGGAGCGAUAAUAUUAUCAAGAUACACGGACGUAAGAUUAGUCUGGAGAGGAUGGAGGAGACCUUGAGCAAGGUUUUGGAAACUCAAAUCCUCUGUGCAGUUUCAGAGAACGGAGAAAGUAUCUCAGCCUUUCUUAUAUACACGGAGAAGUGGUCUCAAGUAGAAAGGAUUUUAGAGCGAUGCCGUGAACAGUUAGAAAGCUGGCAAAUCCCACAAAAUAUUGUUUUCUUGAACGAGUUCCCAGUUAACAAUCACGGUAAAAUCAAUCGAAAAAUAUUGUUUAAAACUCCAGCGGUUUCGCGAAAUAUCUCAGGGGAUUUGGUUUCAUGGUUCUCCGAUCUUUGGCUCAAACUUUUGAAAAUAUCUCCGGGUUCGAUGGAUAACUUUAUCUUAUGUGGAGGAGAUUCCUUCCUGGCAGUUCUAGUUUAUAAUAUCAUGGUGGAGCGGAUACCUGGUCUUCAUCCAACUUUCCUACAAGAUAUUCUUAGUGCGCAGUUCGGAGCUCUAUGUGAGACUAUUGCACAGGCCCAAUCCAGGAAGAACUCCAUCGUUAUCAAAGAUAGGAUUUCAGAUGAUUCAAAUCAACAGUGUGAGCCAAGGGCAUUGAAAAAAGUCAAAUUGGAUGUACAAGAUAUCUGGGAAUUCAAGAUUAAAGGUGUAUUCCGAUUGAAAGGUCGAGAGAGCUGUUCCCGGAGUUUUGCAGAUUCAAGCUCCUCACCUAUUGGGUUUAGACAAGACUGGAAAGUAGAUUUUGAGAAGUGUAUCGACAGUUCUCCUCUUCUACUCCGGGUUGGGGAGAAGAACAGGGUCGUGGUUGGAUCUCACUCAGGGUGGGUCAAAUGUAUAGAGGUGGAGGACGGAGAAGUUGUGUGGGCCACAAGAUUAAGCGACCGAGUUGAGGGAAGCCCGUCGACUGAGUUUUCUUCUAUUUAUAUUGGAUGUUAUGACAACCAUGUUUACUCUCUCAGUUUAUCAACUGGAGAAGUGCAAUGGAGAUUUAAAACCCAGGGAAUAGUGAAGUGUACCCCGUUGAUCCACAAUGGAUUUAUAUAUUUUGGAAGUUAUGAUAAACUCUAUUACAAGCUAAAUACUAAUGGAGAGUUAAUUUGGAAAAUCAAACCUAGUGAUGGGAGUAUUUACUCAAGCCCUAUAAAUAUGAGUAAUGGAUUCGUCCUGGCAACCCUGGACGGAGAAAUAGCUCUAAUAUCCUUCUCCGGAGACACCCUGUGGAGUUUGAACCUAGGACACCCUGUAUUCUCUACUCCACUAUGGGACGGGAACCAGCUCUACGUUGCUAGUGUUGAUAAAUUUAUUUACGCAGUGUCAGAAUCAGGAAGCAUAGUUUGGAAAGUAGAAACAGGUUCUCCCAUUUUUUCCUCUCCGAUUCUUUACAAAUCUAAUCUCCUUCUUGGCUCUAAUGACGGAUAUGUUUACAACAUUACUCCCGGUGGAGAGAUAAACUGGAGAACCGACCUGUCUAAUCCCGUCUUCUCCAGUAUUGAUUUUGAUCCGAAUGGACGGAUACUGUGUGCAACUACGGACGGAAGUAUCUUAGUCCUGAAUAGUUCUGGAAGGAUUUUAAUACGGGAGAAGGUUCCAGGAAACGUUUUCUCCUCUCCAAUAUUCCUUUCAGAUUCAUUCAUUGUAGGGUGUAGAGACAACUUUCUUUAUUCUUUCAAGAAAAUUUAAUGAAAUAUAAAUUCUUACAUAAGAAUUUUAGUUUUCCUGUUUCAAAACUGUAAAAAUAAUGAGAAAUAGUAUUUUUGUGAUAAAGAAUUUAAAUUAAGGUGAAACAUCAAUUACUAAGACUACAUAGAAUCUAGAUAACUGUCUUUAGAAAACCAUCGUUGAGGACAAUUAUGCGAAUAUUUAUUUCA